AUGUCGUCCAAGAUCGUCCACAUCGAGUCCGCUCAGCAAUUCAGCUCGCUGUUGUCGUCGUCGCGCAUCGUCGUGACCGACUUCUACGCCGACUGGUGCGGCCCAUGCAAGGCCAUCGCUCCCUUCUAUGAGCAGCUCGCCAGCUCGCUUACGCGCCCCGGUCAGAUCACCUUCACCAAGGUCAACACCGACAACCACAAGGACAUCACCCAGACAUACAGCAUCACUGCCAUGCCCACUUUCAUGGUCUUCAAGAAUGGUCGCGAGACUCAGCGCAUCAGAGGCGCCGACCCCAAAGCUCUUGAUGCCGCCGUCAAGUCUCUGGCCUCUGAAGCCGAGUCUUCCUCGGCCGAUGCCUCUUCAUCCUCGUCUGGCUCCUGGAUUGGCGCAUCUCUGCCCCGCGGCUACUCCGACAUCACCGACAGUGUUGACCAGCUCAACCUGGACUUCCUCAACGUCGAUUCUGAAGCUGGCAACGCCCGUGCUGUCUUCAACACUGCUCAGCCCAGCGCUAUCUCAAAAUCAAAGUCGACCGGAGAGAAGGACUGGAUCGAGUCCGACACCGAUGACCAGCUUAUGCUGUACAUCCCCUUCAACGGGGCGCUGAAAGUCCACAGCCUGCACAUCACCUCGUUUCCCACUGAGGGCGACGACGACAUUGUCCGUCCUCGUACCUUGAAGCUCUACAGCAACAAGUCAAACGUCCUGUCGUUCGACGAAGCCGACUCGAUCCCCGAGACCCAGGAGAUCACUCUGCAAGACUCGGACUGGGAUGCCAAGACUGGCACUGCCAAAGUUGACUUGCGCUUCGUCAAGUUCCAGAAUGUCUCCAGUUUGGUCAUCUUUGUCGUCGACGGAGACGGCGAUGGCGAGAAGACGAGAAUCGACCGUAUCAAGAUCAUCGGUGAGACUGGCGAGAAGAGAGCCAUGGGCAAACUCGAGAAGAUCGGCGACGAGCAGGGAGAGUAG